AUGAUCGCCCCCACCGCACUCCUUUUGCCGAAGGCUAUGCGCACGGCCUCAGGACCGCGGGGCAUCUUCCACCCAUUUUCGGUCCGGAAAACACAGACACCAACCCUAUCAAAGUGCCUCUCGCUGUCCCCUCCUCCGCCACCCCGCCCCGCCCCCCUCUCCACCAGCUUGGUUAACGCCCAUAUUGCACCAACCGCUAUCGCAAUCAUUUUAUCCUUCGUGUGUGACUGCGCCCACCCCCAACCUUCAGUCUCAGAAACGUCCUCACUAGCCCGAUGGCUUCGCCGUCGCACCCUUCCUCACGCUUCACAGAGCUCUUCGAACUUCUCAAGGCCGAGUACGAUCGCAUCUCCUCUGAAAAUGCAUCAUUCAAGGGCUAUCGCGGCGAUUGGGCUCGCAAGGUCGAUGAACAAGCCGCAGAACUCAACGCAAUGCUCGGUGAAUUGCACGACCUCGAACGUAAGCAUUUACUCGUUAAGGAGCAGUACGAAGCAGAGAUCAUGCGUCUCAAAGGCCAAACCCCGCCUCCGCUUUCUGCCGCAGCCCAAGCUGCCGCAGCUCAACAACAACAACAGCAGCAACAACAACAGCAACAGCAGCAACAGCAGCAACAGCAGCAACAGCAGCAACAGCAGCAACAACAGCAGCGGCACUCACAGCAGCCUGGUCAGACUCAAUACUCCUGAAUCUUUUUCCCAGAUACCGCCCUACUCGUCUAACAUUCCUGGAGACCAGCAACCACUUCCUGCUAUGUUUGCAUCUCGCGGCAUGAGCGCGAAUCCUCAAGCCCAUCCGUCCCAACAACCUGCUCAGGGUCCCCGCUCAGGACCUCAACCCGGACAACCAGGAGCGCCAGUCCGUCUUAUGGGUAUGUCUGGCGUGCCUCCAUCUGGCGUCCCACCACCUGGAAGCCAGCCACCUAUGUCUCCCAUGAAUACUGGCAGGCCAUCGUCCCUAUCGCGCCAGCCAGCAUCUUCACUCGCAGGAAAGAUUCCGUCGAUGUCUCUCAUGCCGCCGAAUGGUACGACGCAAGGGCAUGCGCACGGGAAUAGGAAAGACUCAGGUAUUAUCGGUCCAGGGAUGGGACCUGGCAGUCUUGGAAGCGGUGCGCCCGGGGGCCUUGGACUGGGUGCCUCUAGCACAGGACCUCCAGGCGCUCCAAGCACCGGAUCCAUGAUUGUUGGCGUGCCUGGUGCAGACGAAAGUGUGACGAUAGGGUCAGCCGGCACGCCAGGCACUAGAGGUUUGCGAGCUGGCGUGAGCGGCCCGACCGGACCUGGUGGAAACCCGUCGUUUCCAAGUGCUGGUGGUCGCGCGGAGAUGUUGAGGACCACGGUCGGAAUGCCGUUAUCGGGGCCUCGGCCGCUGACUGAUCCGGACUGGACGGUAUAUCAUGAGCCGUCGGCGACGCGAGCGGUCGUAAACACAGAAAUACGGCUACAGAACACACUUGAGCUGAAUUCGGUUGUAUGCUGCGUUCGAUACAGCUGGGACGGGGCAUAUCUUGCGACAGGGUCGAACCGGGUAGCUCAUGUAUUCAACGCAAACACCGGGGCGAUUAUUGCGUCGUUUGCUAAGGAGCCUGCUCCAGAACGAGAGGACGGAAAUUCACCAGAUAGUUACGUUCGGGCGGUUUGCUUUUCGCCGGAUGGGAAUUGGCUGAUUACGGGAGCGGAGGAUCAUGUGGUGAAGGUGUGGGACGUACGGAGCCGACAGGUGAAGCAUCGAUUGGAAGGACACGGGACGGACAUUUACUCUGUCGACGCAAGUACGGACGGGCAGUUUAUCGUCUCCGGAUCUGGGGACAAGAAAGCCAAGCUCUGGCAGCUGGAGACGGGAAAAUUGCUGCGCACACUCGGUGGUGAACACGGACCAACAGAUGGGAUCACUUCUGUGUCGAUCAGUCGAACCAGUAAGCAUGUGGCUGCGGGAUCACUGGAUAAGAUUGUACGAGUGUGGGAUGUGGAAACAGGGCGGAUGGUGCGAAAACUAGAAGGGCACCAGGAUUCGGUUUACUCUGUAGCAUUUUCACCGGAUGGGCGACUGCUUUUGUCCGGAUCGCUCGACAAGACGCUCAAGCUGUGGGAUCUUUCUGUGCCGCAAGGGCCUGGACAAUGCCGGCUGACAUUUAAGGGGCACAAGGACUUUGUGCUGAGCGUGGCGUUCAGCCCGAACGGGAGGUGGUUGAUGUCUGGAUCCAAGGAUCGGACAGUGCAGUUCUGGGACCCACGGCAAUCGACGAUGUGCUUGAUGCUCCAAGGGCACAAGAACUCUGUGAUUAGUAUAGCACAUAGCCCGAUGGGGAAUAGCCUUGCCACGGGGUCUGGAGAUUGCCAUGCGCGGACCUGGACGUAUUAAUAGAGCAGUGUAUGUCCGUUGUGUAAAGUGAGUCGUGUACACGUGUUGGACGAUAUUGGUGUAUA